AUGUCUUUCGAUUCUGAAGAUACAGGCGCCGCCCCCGCCCCGGCCGCUAAGCAACACAUUUCAUGGUCCGAUUCCUACACCAAGGCAAACACGGCCAUCAAAGCCUUGGCCUCCAUCGUCCGCUACGUCCCGGCGUCCCUCUCCUCCUCCGAGACGCCGGCGUUCUCCCUCCUCCAUGACUCCGAGAUCGCGGCCCAAAUCUCCGACCUCCUCCGGCAGCCGGACUCCAGCGCCGGCGACAACAACCUCUGCCGCUGGCUCUACGACACGUUCCACUCCUCCGAGCCCGAUCUCCACCUCGUCGUCCUCCGCUUCCUCCCCAUCAUCGCCGGCGUGUACCUCUCACGCGUCGCCCUCCACAAGCCCUUAGCCGGUUUCGAAGCCAUCCUCUUAGCCCUAUACGCCCACGAAACCGUCGCGCGUAACGGCCACGCCGUUACCGUUACAAUCCCGGAUCUCUCGCAUUCCAGUAUUUACCACGAAACCAAACAGACCACUCGGACUAGCUCAACGGAGUUAGCUUUGGCCGUUAUCUCCUCCAGCUUAGAGCCCUACACUAACGUCCGAUCCACAAAACGCGCGAGAAUCGUCGGCGUCGCCCUAGAAUUAUUCUACAGCAAAAUCUCCCAAAUUCCCCUCCAAUCCAAGCUCGAUUUCUGCGAUUUCUGCAAAAUCUGGGCCGGCGAGAAAGGCUGCGACCCCAGCGAAACCUCCAAAAGCGGAAAAAACAUUAAACUCAUCACAGAAAACGGCGAAAACGAAGAAAACACGGCGCCGGCGGGGUCAUCAAUCUCCAAGGAAGAGAAAAAGAAAGGGAGGAUAAUUCUUUCGCGGGAGCUUCUACAGCCGACGUUAAGGAUCUUAGGGCAUUGUAUGAUGGCCAAUCACCAGAAUAAGGAGUUGCAGGAGGCCGCACGCGCGGCAUGCCGGUGUCUUUACACUAGGGCUUUGCAUGACAUCAGCCCUAAGGACAUUCUUGCCACUGGCAGUCUGCUUAGGCUUGCGAAGCUCGCAGAGGAUUCUGCUGGUAAUGAAAUUGAUUACACGGAGAUAACAUUCACAAACAAGAUCACUCUUUGA